UUCUCAUGCACAGCCCCAUUGUUAAUCCCAAGUCUUGUACCCCUAUUUAUUGCGUUUAUUUUUUUCUUCCAACUCCUUCAUUUCAGUCCCCACUUUUUGGCACUUCAACAAAGCCUCAAAUGAACAGAAUUGCCAAAAAAAAAAUUGUCCCAUGGCGUUGUCCCACACAAAUUAUCCAUAUUAGAAUACACUUUGUGUAGAAGAACAAUUACUAUAAAAAAACACCAACUCCGGGGGUAGUUUUCGGAGGACAUUUUCAUUCCUCUUUCUUGUCUUUGUUGAAAACACACACAGUCACACAGUGAAGUAUAUCGUCACACUCACUCCAAUCCAAAACCCCAUUUACAAUGCUUGUUUCUUGUUCCUAGUCACUGGUUAAAUUUACUCCAGUUGAAACUAGGAAGGAAGAAAAAUGGGGAAAGCUUCUAAAUGGUUCCGGGGACUUCUCGGACUUAAAAAACCCGACCCAUCAUCGCAACCUGAGUCCCAACCCAACUCCAAAGGUAAAGCAACGAAGAAAAGAUGGAGCUUUGUGAAGUCGUACGGGGAGAAAGACCAACGUGUUCCGGCGGUCGUUUCCGACGAAGUGGAUCCCAGCAAACAUGCCAUUGCGGUGGCAGCCGCCACCGCUGCGGUGGCUGAGGCCGCCGUCGCCGCCGCGCAAGCCGCAGCAGAAGUCGUGAGGUUGACCAGUAAUGGCCGAGGCAGCAUACCUUCCUCACAUCAUACUAAUGUCACCAGAGUGACGUCGCUUCCGGGUGGAAAUGUGGGUGCUGUUUCGCCGUCGGCCGCCGUUAACGUGAUCGGAGGAAGCCGUGGGAAUCGGGAAGAAUGGGCGGCGGUUUUGAUCCAGUCCCAUUUCCGGGCCUACCUGUCAAGGAGAGCUCUGCGAGCACUGAAAGCACUGGUGAAGCUUCAAGCUAUAGUCCGAGGCCGGAUUGUGAGAAAGCGGGAUCAUAAUGCAUGCUUUUUACAGCAACUUUGGGAGGCAAGAAGGUCCCACACCAUUGCAUGUGUCGGUCGCGUGGGGAUCUUUGAAUCACCCCACAAGGGCCCUGCUACUCCUGAGAAAUUUGAACAUCUAGCUCGAGCUAGGAGUAUGCAUGGAGAAAAUCUGAUAUACCGGAGAAAUGGCUCAAAGAACAGGUCUGGGAGCUAUCAAAAUGGUAGAAUGGCUUUUAAAUCAUGGGAGAUAGAAGGAGCAAAUGUGAGACCUGGUUCUAAAUAUGAUGAAUCACGUGACAAAAUUCUUGAGAUUGAUAGUGGUAAACCCCAAAUCGCUGCCAAGCGAAGGAACCUGUUCCAUUCUUCUCACCUUAGCAUUGGCUCGGAUCAGUACAGUUACAGCUUCACUACAUCAAAGGACUCCACUGGACAUCGUACACUUCCAAGCCUAUCUUCUUUUGAAGCUCAAUCUGGUGUGAGUCCUAUUAACUUCUCUUAUUAUGUUGAUGAAGAAGAAGACCCUUUCUGCACAGCUGAAAGUAGCCCCCAAAUACUUUCAACUUCAUCGAAAGGUGAUCAUCUCGGAAGAGGGCCAUUUACCCCGACAAGAAGCGACGGCUCAAGAAGCUGCCUGAGCGGGUACUCUGACUGCCCGAGCUACAUGUCUUGCACUGAAUCAUCAAAGGCUAAGAUGAGAUCCCUCAGCGCUCCCCGACAGAGGCCUCAAUAUGAAAGAUCGAGCUCAACCAAGAGGUUUUCUGUUCACGGAUACGGUGAAACAAGAGUGAAUCCUCAAAGAGUUGCUGCAUUGCAAGCCAAUUUCACUAGCAAAGCUUACCCGGGGUCGGGUCGUUUGGACAGGCUUGGCAUGCCAAUCAGGGAAGAAGCUGUUGGAUUCAGUGGCGGCCUUUGGCACAGAUACUAGACUACUUUUGGCCACUUUUGAUUCUCUUGUUAAUGAACUGUGCCUAACUAAUAACUUCUAGCUUAGUUUAUGUAGUAGUUUUUCUUUACCUUUAAAUUAGUCAAUGUAUCUGAAUCUAAAACACGUACCAUGAUGACUAAUAUUGUAAGGCUGCAUAUGAGCAUAUCAACCUGAUGUUGCUCAGAAUUCAGAUGCAUUUUAUAAUCCCAGCAGUUUAAAAUUUUCUAAUCUCGUUC